AUGUCGGGGUCUCCGCAGGGUUCGUCUCGGGUUCCGGGAAAUUCGGGGCGGGUCCUGUUCCUCGGGGAUGAAGAUAUAGUAGCUUACAUAGAAGAGCAUCAUGAGCUUUUUUUGAGUGCCAUGUAUAAUGUAUACAGGGCAACUGAUGUUACUUUUACAGGAGAAAAUCAGCUUGAGGAUGCCAGGGCAUUCUCAAGAAGAAUACUAGAAAGGGAAACAAUGAAGGAUUGUAUGAAUUUGGUCCGACCUAUUAGUAUGACUAAUUUGCAAUGCCAGAUUAAGCAUGAACUUAGUAUUCCAUGGCUUGCUCGUUUGGAUCAUCUAGAGCACAGGAGGUGCAUUGAGAGGGAAGAAAGUCUUGGUCCAUGGACAGAAAAUGCCUUAUCCUAUAGAUUGUCAUCUCAAAGCAAUGCCACGCUGCUACAACUUGCCAUUGAGAAUUAUACACUAAGACAGUCCAUAUUCAGAAAUGAAUUAAAGGAGUUAGAAAGGUGGUCAAAGGAAAUGGGUCUUGCUGAUAUGGGAUUUGCUCGACAGAAAACCACGUACUGCCAUUUUGCAGUUGCUUCAACCGCAUCAAACUCUUCCCUUUCAGAUGUACGGCUGGCAGUUGUGAAGUGUGCAACUCUUGUUACAGUCGCUGAUGAUUUUUUUGAUAGGGAAGGUUCAAUGGAUGAAUUGGAAGCUCUUGCCAAUGCCGUCAACAGCUGGUUAAAGGAAGCAGAGUGGAGCCGAAAUGGGCAUGCCCCAUCAACAGUUGAGUACCUCCAAGUGGCCACAAGCUCUAUUGCUUCACAGACCAUUCUUCUUCCAGCUGCUUUUCUGCUGAAUCCACCUCCAGAAAUAGACAUCCUCAAGUGCCCUCAAAGGCAGCCACUUACAAAUUCACUUAUGCUUUUGACAAGGCUUUUGAAUGACAUUAGAAGCUACCAGAGGGAGCAAGAGGAGGGAAAGCCAAACCUCGUUCUGCUACACAUGAAGGAAAAUCCAAAUUUGGGGGUUGAAGAAUCAAUAGCAAUUGUACAGAAGACAUUGGAUGAAAAGAAGAAAGAGUUUCUAGAACUGGCUCUGAGUAGUAAUGAAAUGCCAGAAGCAUGCAAACAACUUCACCUUCACUGCCUCAAAGCAUUUCAGAUGUUUUUCAAUUCUACAAAUGCAUUUGACUCCCCAACGGAGUUGCUUGCUGACAUCAACAAAGCAAUUUUUGAUCCCUUGAGAGUGGAAGAUGUGCAAGGAUCAUUUAUGCCACUCAACUCUAUGCAAGGCACUCUUGGUUUGAAGAAGGAUAAUAGUUUGGCUAUCCAUGGCAAAUCCCAUUACAGCUCUUCUAAGCCCUGUAAUGGGAUUUUUGAGAGCAUUUGUGCUAUCAAAGUCCAAGGGAACUCAAGGAAAGACUUGGUGACCAAGCCUUAUUCUAGAAUCUUAUCAGUAAAGAUGAGAAACCCAAUUAUUUAUCGCUUGAGUAUGAUGCAUGGUGGCUUGCUCCCCCAUAUCCACAGUCUACAGAUCUCCUCUCUUGGUUCUCCUGGACCUCGCUCUUCUUGUGGCAGCGGUGGCGUAUAUGGUGGUGAUCACGGUUGUGCUAUCAAAGUUCAAGGGAACUCAAGGAAAGACUUAGUGACCUUUGUUUUUUGA